GCGGCGGGGACGGCUUGGUGACGGCUCCGGAGGCUGCGGGCCGGUGCGGCGGCGGCGGCGGCGGCGCUUGGGUUCCACCUGAGCCGCCUGCUGGCCCCCAGCCUGUCACCACGGGCGGGGCGCGGUCUGCGCGGGCGGGCCGGGAGCGCGGAAUCCAAGGACUCGUUUCAUUCCUUCUACAUAUUGCUUGAUGGGAGGCAUUAUGGCCCCCAAAGACAUAAUGACAAAUACUCAUGCUAAAUCCAUCCUCAAUUCGAUGAACUCCCUCAGGAAGAGCAAUACCCUCUGUGAUGUGACAUUAAGGGUAGAGCAGAAGGACUUCCCUGCCCAUCGGAUUGUGCUGGCUGCCUGUAGUGACUACUUCUGUGCCAUGUUCACCAGUGAGCUUUCAGAGAAGGGAAAACCUUAUGUUGAUAUCCAAGGUUUAACUGCUUCUACCAUGGAAAUCCUGUUGGACUUUGUGUACACAGAAACAGUACACGUGACGGUGGAGAAUGUACAAGAACUGCUCCCUGCAGCCUGUCUGCUUCAGUUGAAAGGUGUGAAGCAAGCCUGCUGUGAGUUCUUAGAAAGUCAGUUGGACCCUUCUAACUGCCUGGGUAUCAGGGAUUUUGCUGAAACUCACAAUUGUGUUGACCUGAUGCAAGCAGCUGAAGUUUUUAGCCAGAAGCAUUUUCCUGAAGUGGUACAGCAUGAAGAAUUCAUUCUUCUAAGUCAAGGAGAGGUGGAAAAGCUGAUCAAGUGUGAUGAAAUUCAGGUGGAUUCUGAAGAGCCAGUCUUUGAGGCUGUUAUCAACUGGGUGAAGCAUGCCAAGAAGGAGCGAGAAGAAUCCUUGCCUGAUCUGCUACAGUAUGUCCGGAUGCCCUUGCUGACCCCCAGGUACAUCACAGAUGUAAUAGAUGCUGAGCCUUUCAUCCGCUGUAGUUUACAGUGCAGGGACCUAGUUGAUGAAGCAAAGAAGUUUCACCUGAGGCCUGAACUGCGCAGUCAGAUGCAGGGACCCAGGACGAGGGCUCGUCUAGGAGCCAAUGAAGUGCUCCUGGUGGUUGGGGGCUUUGGAAGCCAGCAGUCUCCCAUCGAUGUGGUAGAGAAAUAUGACCCCAAGACUCAGGAGUGGAGCUUUUUGCCAAGCAUCACUCGUAAGAGACGUUAUGUGGCCUCAGUGUCCCUACAUGACCGGGUCUACGUAAUUGGUGGCUAUGAUGGCCGUUCCCGCCUCAGUUCAGUGGAGUGUCUAGACUACACAGCAGAUGAGGAUGGGGUCUGGUAUUCUGUAGCCCCGAUGAAUGUCCGACGAGGCCUUGCUGGAGCCACCACCCUAGGAGAUAUGAUCUAUGUCUCUGGAGGCUUUGAUGGAAGCAGGCGUCAUACCAGUAUGGAGCGAUAUGACCCAAACAUUGACCAGUGGAGCAUGCUGGGAGAUAUGCAGACAGCCCGGGAAGGCGCCGGACUAGUAGUGGCUAGCGGAGUGAUCUACUGUCUAGGAGGAUAUGAUGGCUUGAAUAUCUUAAAUUCAGUUGAGAAAUAUGAUCCCCAUACAGGACACUGGACCAAUGUUACACCGAUGGCCACCAAGCGCUCUGGUGCAGGAGUAGCCCUGCUGAAUGACCAUAUUUACGUGGUGGGGGGAUUUGACGGUACAGCCCACCUUUCUUCCGUUGAAGCAUACAACAUUCGCACCGAUUCCUGGACAACUGUCACUAGCAUGACCACUCCACGCUGCUAUGUAGGAGCCACAGUGCUGCGGGGAAGACUUUAUGCGAUUGCAGGAUAUGAUGGGAAUUCCCUGCUGAGUAGCAUCGAGUGCUAUGACCCUAUCAUCGACAGCUGGGAAGUAGUGACAUCCAUGGGAACCCAGCGCUGUGAUGCUGGCGUGUGUGUUCUCCGAGAGAAGUGACCGUUGUUGGAGCAUCAUCCAGAGCUAGUGACCAGUCCCAGGGACAGUUUACAGGAGAAUCAAGGAUCCUUUCCAGAAUGUCUCUUUCUCCUUGUGUGCACAGGGUGAUUACAAGCACCAGUGCAGUGAUGACUGUAGUUAUUUGACACACCGCCCCCUCGCGCUGGUAGUUUUGUCCAAGAGGAGGGUGGGUAACAGACACUCCAGGAAAGAGACUGCACACUGGAUGGAUGUGAGAGGCCAGAUCACCUCUCCUUCUGGUCUAGGGAGCACUUUCUUGUCAUCUCUAAAUUACCAUAUGCUUGGGAGAAUAUAUACUUAUAUAUAUAAAUAUAUGUUGUGCCUCAUGUGUUGCAGAGAAUGAAGGUGAGUUUGACCUAUUACAUGUGGGCAGUAUUCAGCCUAGAUGAUUGGGAGGAUACCAAGCUUGGUAAAACCCAAGUCUUUUGUUUUCCUUUUCCAGGGAUAAAUAUCUUGCCUAGUCUACCGGUAGCUAGGGGCAACACAGUUCCAUUCUGGAGGAAAACCAACAGAAAAGCCCUGUCAAACUUUGGGGGCCUAGGGAAAGAUCUGUCGGACACUCCCUUAGAGGAGACAGGGUUGCUUUAUCAGGAGUUUAGAGUGAGUGAGGAAAAUGAUUCGAUGGGAUGUGAGUGAACCUAGAACACCACUAAAAUAUAACCUGGAAGACUGAGAAGGGUGUAGUAUUCGAAGCAUCGUUUUAUGUCCCCAUGGUCUUUCUGAACUCAAGUGUCGUGCAUCUUGGCACUGGAGACUGUCUGAGGGAAUAACAGAGUGAACAAACGUUGGGAGGAGCGGAGAUUGAGUAAAUGUGGGAGUUCAGUGUGCCUGGGGACGAAUCGGAAGUUCUGUGACUUUACAUUGUCUUAAUCCCUGCCAGGGCUCAUCUGCCCAUGGGUAAGGUUUGCCUCGAGUGGGUGAGAGACUCUUUGUUGAAUCAAAUACGACUAUGCUAUUACACUUCCAAACUAUUUAUUUGGGAAUGGGUGGGGAUGGCAACAGCCAAGAAGUUCAGCUACCUGAUUACUGUCCCCUUCUUUUAAGGGCACAUUUAUGCUAAGGACGGGUUUUUACAGCUGUGUUUGGUACAUUUAGUCUUUUUCCUACUAUAAGGUUCCCUUCUCUGUCCUUAGAAUGGAUUUCAUCCAUCCCACGACAGAAAAAUCAAGGACAACCAGAAUUCUUUUGUUAGUUCCAGUACCUGCUAUCACCAUUUCUGAGCUACUGUUCAAGUCUCCCCUGUGUUAUGGAGUGAAAUUCUUGCUUUAUGGGUAUUGGGAGUGUGGGAAUAUGAUGCCUAAAUAAGAAUGCACUUUCCCUUUACUCUGAAAUUCCAUUUUUCCCCUUUCCCUGAGUUUUGUUGAUCUGAACAGUUCAUCUUUGUAUUUUUUUAAGAAAAUAUUAAAAAUCAACUGUCUCAAAUGCC